AUGAUGCCCUUCUGCUCUCAAAUGGAGCAAAAUAACCCAAGCUUGAAUGUCGCCUGGUUCCAGCACCCUCAUUUGGGAAACGCCCAAAACUUGCAUCAUAGUAAUGCACAAGACUCCUCAAGCCUUGAAUGCCCAAAUCAUGUUGAUUGGGUAGGUCUUGAUGAUUCUGAUCACCCUCAGAACUUCACAACGUUGCGAAAAUGGACUAUCACCUUUGCAAUGUCGGCAAUGACGAUGUGGGUCACUUUUGCCAGCAGUGUUUUUUCGGCGGCAACUCGUACUACGGCAAAUGAAUUUGGAGUGUCUUCAGAAGUCAUGACAUUGGGAACCAGCCUUGUCAUUUUCGGUUUUACACUCGGUCCGCUUUGCUGGGGGCCGCCGAAUGAGCGCUACGGUCGUCGCCUUCCUCUUUUUCUUGGAUACGCGGUGUCUGCCAAUUUCCAGAUCCCUGUAGCUGUUGGGCAUAAUGUCGAAACCAUAAUGGCUUCUCGAUUCCUGUAA